GAAGAAGAGUUCGCGGCGCGGCUGGGCAUAAAGCCUGGAGAGGUUGAGCCAGAAUGUCUUCUGAAGGCUUUCUGAAGGAAAUGCAAACCAUUGGUGAGAAGUUUCUCCUUAAGCUCCAGAAACUGCCCAAGGCUGAGCCGGUGGAGAUUGUGUCCUUUUGUGUGGUUCUUCUGUUUAUUGUUACUGUUCUUCUGCUCAUGAUCAUUGCCUGCAGUUGCUGCUGCUAUAGCUGCUGUAGCUGCGACGGACGUCCUGACCACAGACGUAGGAAGAUCCAAGUCCGCCCAAUCGCCCAUUCGUGAAGUGCAACAAGAGGUGACACAACCUACUACCAAGGACAUGCAUGAACAUCAUGAUUCAGUUCUAUGGGAAUGACUUUCUACACUAGCUCACUGAAAAUGGCAAUAACAAUAUUAAUUAAUAUGACUCAGAGGAGCAGAAAUCACAGCAUGGA